AUGUCUGCACACAUAGGAGGGUGUCAGUCGCAGCUAGUUCACCUGCCUUCCCUCCCUUCUCGUCGUUUCCUCCCAUCCCUUUCAUCUUCCUCCCAUCCCUUUCAUCUUCCUCCCAUCCCUUUCAUCUUCCUCCCAUCCCUUUCAUCUUCCUCCCAUCCCAUCGUCCCUUCCCGUACCUCCCAUCCCCUCCAUCCCUCCCAUUUCUCCCCCCCAUCCUGUCAGCUGCUUCUCCCCGACGGUCGUCGCUUUGCCACAGAGUCAACCGCACUGCAUCCCUCUGCAGACCUCGCAGUGCUCAAGGUGACUCAUAGGCUGUUUACCAGAGGGCCUACUGUAUCAGCAGUCUUGGUUUCCGGCCUGCAAGGGAUUGACGAGCCGGCUGUAUCAGCAGCGAAUGGAGCAUCGACUGUGGCAGGAGAGGAGCGGGGAGCUGUAGCGGUAACGAUUGGGGACGACAAGACUGCAGCAGACAGGGUUGGGUCAACUGGAGGAACGAUUCCUGUGGACUGUUGCAGGGGAGUGGGUUCAAGAGAAGCGGAUGGGAGUCCUGCCGUAGCAGGCAUAUUUGGGGAAGUGAGAGCAGAGGUGCAAGAGACAGGAGGGGAGGGAGGAGUUCAGAGGGAUGGAGGGGAAAGAGCAGGUGAGAGGGGUGGAAGAGAGGGAGGAGAGGGCAGCAGAGAAGAAAAGGAGUGGCUCCCCUGUGCGCCCAUUGGUGAUAGUGAUGACGUGGAGCUUGCUGAUUGGGUGAUCUCGGUGGGCAAUCCUGUGGGGCUUCCUGGCAGCAUCAGCCUGGGCGUGAUCAGCAGCCUGCACCGCACUGCUGCUCAGGUGGGAGUGCCGCACUCUUCACUCCACUUCUUCCAAACAGACUGUGCCAUCAACCCGGGGAGUUCAGGCAGUCCCCUCGUGAACGAGUUCGGAGAGGUCAUUGGCAUCACAACAGCCAUCCGGUCGGAUGCUGAAGGAGUGGCGUUCGCCAUCCCCAUCAACCAU